GAUGCGUAUUCUUCCUUUGUCUGGGAAUCUUCUACAUGUUUCGGCCAAACAUGUCCUUUGUAGCACCUGUGCAGGAGAAAGUGGUUGUUGGGUUGUUCUUCUUGGGAGCCAUACUCUGCCUCUCCUUCUCAUGGCUCUUCCACACAGUUUAUUGCCACUCAGAAGGUGUUUCCCGGCUCUUCUCCAAGCUAGACUAUUCUGGCAUUGCACUUCUUAUAAUGGGCAGCUUUGUACCAUGGCUCUACUACUCCUUCUAUUGCAACCCUCAGCCUUGCUUCAUCUACUUGAUUGUGAUUUGUGUCCUGGGCAUUGCAGCCAUAAUUGUCUCACAAUGGGACAUGUUUGCAACCCCUGAAUACCGGGGUGUAAGGGCAGGAGUAUUUCUAGGUCUGGGUCUUAGUGGGGUUAUUCCCACCCUGCACUUUGUCAUCUCUGAGGGGCUCCUGAAAGCAGCCACAAUGGGGCAGAUAGGCUGGCUGGCACUCAUGGCAUGCCUGUACAUCACUGGUGCUGCACUAUAUGCUGCCCGCAUCCCGGAGAGAUUCUUCCCUGGCAAGUGUGACAUCUGGUUCCACUCCCAUCAGCUGUUCCACGUCUUUGUCGUGGCGGGUGCUUUCGUGCACUUCCACGGGGUUUCCAACCUCCAGGAGUUCCGCUUCACGGUGGGAGGAGGCUGCACAGAGGAAGAUGGGAUGCAGUAAAAGCAGCCUUCGGCCCACGACCGUAACCAAAACAGUACCGCCAGCGCGGGCCAAGCGUACAGGCUAGUGAAAUGAAUACCUAAGAAGAAUCCAAGUUUCAGCUGAUGGAGCGUGGAGCUUCACAGGGAUUCUGACUAACCAAGAUAAAUCCUAUACCUCAAGCAACGGAAUGAGUAAAUUUGAAGACCAGGAAAUUCUGAAACCCUAAUUUAUUCUUGGGAUCUACAGAUUGAGCUACAGAGGACCCUUUCCAAAUCGGCUUCUGUUCAAUGCCAUAUUUAUUUGUAGAAUUGGGGAGGGAUAGCUUAGCAGUUUCGUUUUUUUUUUUUUUUUAAAGAAAAAAAAUAAAGGUUAAAUUUAUAUCCUCUUGGAGGGUUUGGGAGUUGAUUUUAGAUGCUCUUUUGGGAGAAAAAGAAAUUGUAAAUAAGAUUUCUAACUUUCUGUUUAAAUAAAAUUUAUAUAAAUGUUUUAAACAAUGGGUGGGUGGGAAAGGGUUUUUUUGUAAAGAAUGCAACAUGCAAGUACCACACACUGUUUCAAUUUUGCACAAAAUAAAUGAUUGCAGGAGGACCA